AAAACUCACUACAACUUUCAAACUCAGCACAAGAACUAUAUACCGUCUGGAGGGCAGGAGUUACAAAACACUAACAUCUGUGGGAUUUUAUACUUUGUACUCCGAAACAUCCGAAAAGAAAGGGUGCAGCUCUUUUUCUUUCUUUUUUACGAUUUGUUUCAUUUGGGUUACUGGUCAGUCUGUAUUUAAAGUAGCUUAAAGUAGCUCGGUGUUGCUUCUAUCCAAAGACAACAGCGUGCUUUAACCGUGGUGGUCUUGCUGGAAUGAAUAUAUCUGAGUCUAGUUGCUGUCAAGAGGCCAGUUCUCAGCCCAGCCAGGUUGCGGAGCGUGGGACAUGGGGUGCCUCUUCCAGCACUCCGGGCCUGACGGGACAUGGUUUUGACCACAGCCGGACCACAGAGCUGGCGCCGGUGCCCGGCUCUGGAACGCGGACAGGGUCCCGAAGCGGAGCGGAGGCCAGGACGGGGAGCCCGGACUCAACCCGCACUGGAGCUCUGACCCUAGGCUCCGGAGAGGGGAAAUCAGGGGGAGAGUCCAGGAUCAGGAGGCCCAUGAAUGCCUUCAUGGUGUGGGCUAAAGACGAGCGCAAACGUCUGGCACUCCAGAACCCAGACCUGCAUAACGCCGUGCUCAGUAAGAUGCUGGGUCAAUCCUGGAAGGCUCUAAGCACCCUAGACAAGCGUCCGUUUGUGGAGGAAGCCGAACGACUGCGUUUGCAGCACCUCCAGGAUCACCCAAACUACAAAUACCGUCCUCGCCGCAAGAAACAACCCAAGAAGAUGAAACGAGUGGAACCGGGUUUGCUCCUCCAAGGCCUAGCUGGCGGCCCUGGACCAGGAGAUGCCUAUUCGCCGCAUCGCCAUGGCCAUCAUCUGCUGCCUCCUCUGGGACACUUCCGAGACCUCCACCCCUCUGGAGCCUCGGAGCUGGAGAGUUACGGCCUGCCGACGCCAGAGAUGUCACCGCUUGACGUGCUGGAAGAGGGAGGCGGAGAUUCUGUGUUUUUUCCCCCUCACAUGCAGGAAGAUGUGGGUCUGGGUUCGUGGAUAAACUACCACCAGCAUCCAAACCAUCAGACUGGCCACCACCCUCACCACAACUCCCAUAACCUCCAGCAUUCCCACCCACACCUCAACCAGAAGUCUCCGCUGGCCUGCCUCCCGCUACAGGAGAAAUGCCUGCUCGUGGAGUCCACGAACCCUAACAGUCUCUACCCCAACAUGAGCCUCCCAGAAUCCUCCAAGGCUCCUCACACCCCCACACCUGCAGGCUAUUACGGUCAGAUAUACGGGAGCAGUCAGCCCCAGCCUGCCUUCACCUCUCAUCUGGGCCAGCUGUCUCCUCCGCCCGAGACCUCGGCGGUUGCUCAGGUCGCUCCGCCCUCUCUGGACUCUGUGGACCAGCUGGGACCCUCGGCCGAGUUCUGGGGCGAAGUGGACAGGAUUGAGUUCGACCAAUACCUGAGCGCGAGCAGGACUCGAUUGAGCAGGAACACCCCUUGCGAGGAGAGCAGCGCUUUGAUAUCAGCCCUGUCCGACGCCAGCAGCGCCGUUUACUACAGCGCAUGCAUUACGGGAUAAAACUGCUUCUCCGCGCAGUCCUGAAGUCUGGUGCACAUAUGGCUUUUUUUUGAGGCUCAGAACUUUUUGAUUUAUUCGAGUUACCUUCUUCAGGGAAUCAUCUUGCCCGGUUUCACGAAUCACUGGAGGUUACUGAACUCUAUACAGGAUGGUUCUCACCGUAUAGACUUCACUAAAUUGCAUUUCACAGUAUGACUAGUCAUUUCUGGUCUUGAUAACCUGUACUUUCUGAGACUGUGGCCGAUUUAACCAAUAAUUUUGCUGACUCCAUCCAGCUACUGUAUGCUUACGGUCUCAAAUGAGGGUACUGGGGCGUGGAAGUCAAGAAUGUGAAUAUUUUUGCAAUACAUAUAUAUAUAUAUAUAUAUAU